AUGUCGUUGUCUACCGUGACCAUCCCGCCUUUGACAGCCCACACGCACACCAUCAUAUUUCUCCACGGUCGCGGGGAUAAUGCGCAAACCUUUUCGCAAUCUCUGGCAUACUUCACAGACUCCCGAAACCGUACUCUGGCAGACGAGUUCCCGUCAUUCCGCUGGGUCUUUCCCCAAGCCGAGCUGAGCGUGCCCGUCGCCUUUCCAAGGGACAAGGUGUCGCAGUGGUUGGACGUCUGGAAUGUGUCCGACUUCUCUGAGCGGGAGGAGUUACAGGCCGAGGGUCUGAAAGAAAGCGUUUCUAGGAUCCGAGAGAUCAUCAAUCGAGAGGCGGAGCUGGUCGGGGGAAGGUACGACCGCAUCAUUCUUGCGGGCAUCAGCCAAGGCUCCGCGACGAGUGUACAUACGCUCCUCAACCUGAAGUUACCAGAGGGUCAAGAGAGGUUGGGCGCAUUCCUGGGAUUUUCUUGUCGCAUGCCGUUCCCUGGGAGAAACCUCGCCGACACCCGCGCAAUAUUGGGACUAGAAGACGUCCCGGGAGAUGACCGGCUGCUGCGAAACACGCCGAUGUUACUUGAGCAUUGCGUGGACGAUCCUUUGGUACUCAUCAAAAAUGGUCGCAUUCUGCGAGACACAUUGAGGGGAUUUGGAAGUCAAGUGGAAUGGAAAGAAUACAAGGAUGGAGGGCAUUGGUUCAACUCACCUACUGGUAUGGACGAUGUGAUACGGUUUCUGAAGGCACUAGGGUUUGAUGAGAACAAGAAGAUAGAUCAAGCAAACGGUGCCAUGGACCUCUCAUAG